AUGAGCACACCACCCACGUUUGUGGAACCAAUACUCCUGGCAGUUGAACGCAUCGGCUAUCUAUUUUGUGGGAAGCUCUACAGCAGGGAACUCGCCUACUUUCCUGUUAAUGAACCCCCCGAGCUGUCCUGUGGACCAUUUCCAAGUACAUAUAUCUCUACCACGUGUCUCCACAUCAAAGCAAUACACGCUUGUCUGCUCACUACCGCUUACCUUGCCUGCAAAUUAACAAGCCCCUUUACUCCCAGCGGGACCGGCCCGAACCGGAGACUUCCACUUCGUGCGGCCAGGCGCACAGGGGGAACAACACCGCAGACACAAGCAAUUUCUGCAGACAUGAUAACUUUUUUGGAGCUGAUCGAAGCGGACCUUCUGGCGGAUGGGGCUCCUUGUGGGGGCUUCUCUGAGAACACUGUAAAGAGGGGGGGCUGUGACUCUACAUCUUCGGGCAUUAGCUGAAGGGCAUAGGGGCUGCAAAGAUGGAGAGACAGGAAGUAGAGAGAGUAUAUCAGGUUGCUAAAUUAUAAUGGGGGGGGUAACCCCUACACUUAAAUUACUAAAAACUGUUUUUUUAGUAAUUGAAGGGCAUAGGGGCAUUCAUGGCAGUUUGGCUGAUAUCUCAUAGUGUAGUUAACACUGUGACCUAACUCCUAGUACUGAAUUUCCUAGUAGUGAAUUUAAAAUCAUGUCUAUGUUAAGACUUAUGUGUUCUCUAUUUGGCAUAUGUAUAUUUAGUAAUUCACAGACGGAGGAUACCGCACUCACACUUGGGAAUCCAGGUGCUUAUCAGGGCCAGGGUUGGCAAAACCCGGUUUAGAAGGUAAAAUAAAUUAGGUCCAGCCACUCAGGAUUGCUGCAGAAAGGCAGGUCUAUUGGAACAAAAAGGCCUACACAGAGGCCUUUAUCAAAUAGGUGUAUUUAGGAUAUGCAAGUUCCUUGCUGUUUUAUUGACAGGUUCAACAAAGUCUUAUGUUUCAACCAAAUAAUAUUUACCACAAGAAAAAAGUGAAUCUAAAAUAAGUACCCUUUAAAACAUUAUGACUAUUCCAUAAAUGCCAAAGUAUCUAAAUUCAAGAUGCAAAGGUACUAACGUUUCAAUCUGUGGAUCCAUUCCGUUUCUUUUUUAGUGAGGAUGUUUUCAGUAUCCCCCUCCCCCCCCCUCUCCAAUGUGGGACUACUAAGCCUAUUUCUGAACAAAAAGGUUGAAACAGAACUCUUUACAUUCAUUUCAAUGUUUAGGUACACUGUGCUUCUAUUUAUAAAGUUAAAAUGCUCUAUUAGCUAACAUGUAAUUUCCUAGUAGUUCUACCUGUGUAUCGGAUACCGAAUUUACAUUGUGUCAGAUUACAGUCUUACUCUCACAGCUGACAAAAUGCUUGAUUUGAAAACAACACUUUUUAUAAAAGUGUUUAGGUUUUACUAUAUAUUAAAAAAAAAAAAUCUUUAGAUUAUGAUUUGUGUUAGCUACUGUAUUUAAGAUUUUCAGUCCUUAUAAAUUAUUUUAGGUUUGUUUGUAUUUUAAAUACCUUUUAACAUUCGUGCAGUUUUGAUAAUGUUUAUUAAUUGCUUUUUAAUGAAAAUCGCUUUGCUAUAGUAUUUGGUUAAAAAAAGCGGUGUGUGCCCCCAAUUACCAGUUUAUUUAGUGCACCAAAGUGUGAGGGGAACCGGAGAGAAAGGAUAUUGGUAGAGUAUCCUAUGGAGUGGAAUACCCCACUAGUUGCAGGAAACAGUAAGGGUACAGUAGAGAACUUAAGGGACACCCAGACCACUUCUGCCCAUUGGAGUAGUCUGGGUGCCAACUCCCACUAACCCUAACCCUGCAACUCUAAUUAUUGCAGUUUUUUAUAAACUGCAAUAAUUACCUUGCAGGGUUGACUCGUCCUCUAGUAGCUGUCUACUAGACAGCCACUAGAGGGCACAUUCUGCUGUGUGAGGACCUCCAGCGUUGCUCACUUCCCCAUAGGAAAGCAUUGAAAAUAAUUUUCAAUGCUUUCCUAAGGAGAGCUCUAAUGCGCAUGGGCAUUAGGUCUCCUCAGCCAGUGGGCGGGAUCAGUCUCCCCCGCCGGCUGACGUAAUGAAGAGGAGGAUCGGCGGCGACCCGAAACAACCGCCGAGGGACAUCGGCGGGGGUCUCAGGUAAAUGUCUGAAGGGGUUUUCACCUCUUCAGCAACCGGGGAUCUGGGGUGGGAGGGAGAGGGGACCUGCAGUGCCAGGAAAACGGCUUGUUUUCCUGGCACUGGAGAGUCCCUUUAACGUGCAACCUUAAUGCGUGAAUAUUAAAACUUAACUUUUAAUAAUACAUUUCUAAUAUGUAAAAACUGGUGAGAGUCAACACCCCAAAACACUAGUGUGUAAAACAAAAUCGUUGUCUCCACUAUAUUUGUUCCUAAUAAAAGGAUAUUAUUCCUUCCUUCUCUCCCUUUCUGGAGCACCAUGCAGGAAGUACUCCUUUUUAUAGUGUGCAUUAGACUCUUGUUUUCUUGUCACUACAAAGCUAAACUAUUUUAUUAGAUCUAGAAAUGGACCAAAGGUUACCAAUGUGUCCCCUAGAUUUUAGUCUAGAUCUUUCAUGUUGUUUUUUCAAUGUAUUACAAUUCACAGUUUAAUGAAUGGACCUCUAAAUGUUAUAUAAUAAUAUAGUAUAUCCAUAUUUAAACAUAGAUUCUUCAAUAAUCAGAUUUGAUAGAUUGUGUAUUAUGACACGCUGGUGAGGUGUGGACCUGUGACCUGUGUAACAUCAUAGUGACAUCAUUGCAGCAUCAUGCCUGAUGACCACAGUUUACAGUAUUCACUAGACAUUGCUUGGACAGUUGACACUGCUUAGCUUUCGUAGUGAUCAAGUAACUAAAAAUGUCAGCGAGAAAUAUUUUCUCUUGUUUCCGAUGCUUGUGCUUUAGAAAAGUAAGUAGAUUUCUUUGUUUCUUAUACUUACUAUUAACUGGGAGCUCUAAAAUGUUAACCCAAUCAACACUAGUUCUAUGAACCCCUUAACUUAUUAUAUUAUGUUUAAAUUCCCAUGGCAGCAUAUGGACUCCCUUUUUUUUUUUGUUCUUUAAAGUUAUUAUAAUUGGCAUUUAUAUAGCACCAGCUUAUAUUGCAGCAGUUUACAAUAUUACAAAACGAGGAAGUUAAAUAUAUUUUUAAAACGUGUUUAAGCCAUAAGCCCACCAUUUCACCUAAAGGUUCUGGCUAAUGACGUACUAAUAAUGUACACCUCCAGCAGCCUUAUUAAAUAGUUCUACUGAAAUGCUGCGCAUACAGUCUUCAAGCACUAUGACCACUUCAUAUAACUGAAGUGGUAAGGUGCUUGAAGGAAUUUUUUAAAUACAUUUUGGUGGGAGCUAUCUUUCCUACAGCUAAUAGUACAUGUGAUUAGAAUUAGAAUGCUUCAAAUUCUAUUAUACUAGUACAUGUGCACUGUAGUUUUAGCAUAUAUACUACAAAGGAAACUAAAAAUAUUCAAAUGCUAUAAGACAACUGUAGCCUAAAUCACUAAGACGUUUAUUCACCAAACAGCAAGUGGAUGUAAAUUUUAAAAUAAACUGAAAAGAGCUUGGAAAUAUUCUCUCUGUAUUAGUUAGCCUCUAGAAAUGGACCAAAGGUUACCAAUUUACUUACCAUUAACUGGGAGCUCUAAAAUGUUAACACAAACAACACUAGUUCUGUGAAUCCCUUAACUUAAUAUUUUAUGUUUAAAUUCCCAUGGCAGCCUAUGGACUCCCCAUUUUACUUUGUUCUUUAUAGUUAAAUACAUUUGUAGCCAUAAGCCCACCAUUUCACUUAAAGGUACUGGCUAAUGACGUACUAAUAACGUACACAGCAGCAUUAUAAAAUAGUUCUGUAUUUAUACCGAAAUGCUGGUUUUCUGAUUUCGUUUCUGUCUUUUCAGCGCACAAGACGCAAAAAAUCUGAUGAUGUUGAGCAAAGAGCAGAGGAACGUUCAGGUACAUUAUAAAAUGUUUAUAUCUACCUCCAUUGUGACUGAACCAGUUUUUAACUUGCCGUGUUACCCUCCUGCAGUCUGAUAAGAGCCGACAUGUUCGGUUCCAGUUUGGUGUUACAUUCUCUGCAACACUGCCUUUGCUACAUGUCUACUAUCUCUUCUCCUCUAUUUGGGAACUGUAACAGUUCCUCUAAAAUGAAUGAGUGGCAUACCUCGUGAUAUAACUCUGUUACUCUCUUACAUAAUUAAUAGCGCUCAUUGGGAAGGAGGAAGGCAGGUUAACACCCAUACAGGUACUAGCCGCACUCCUGCCACUUUUGAUAGCUAAUGGAUGCAGGACAAAAUCUACCUGGCUUUCUCAGUGUUAGUGUAUGGUGAGGUUAAAGGGUGGGUUAGGGAUAGUAUAGGGUUAAGGCUAGGGUAGUGUACUGUUAGAAUGAAUGUAGAGUUAACAGGGUUGGUGUAGGAUAACGGGUGGUAUAGGCAGUGGCAUAGCAUGGAUUUUCAGCAUCUGUGGCAAGGCAUGUAUUGCACCCUCUAACCCUAGUCUAUACAUAUUACUUUAGGCGUGAGGUGGAUUUUAAAAAUGACGCAACACAUCUUUCAGUGCCACACACACAUCAUGGAGAUGAGGCGGGCAGGGAAGAGGAGUGAGGCUAUCUAGGUGCCCGUUACUUGUAUACUUUUAUGAUAACAUGUAAUGGGCAUUUACAUAAUGCCUAUUAAAGAGUGAUUUCUGGUGUUAUCUUUAAACAGGAAAUCACGUUAUUAAUAGGCAUUAUGUAAUUCACCAAUAAGAAUUACAGAAGGACAGUAUGGCUGUGAUUAGGAAGCAAACUACUGUAAAAUGUGAUGUAGUGACGUUUAUUUGCCCUGUCAUGCUGAAAAACUGUAUAAUGUUUGAACAUUGGGAGAUUUUCUGGGUGAUUGGGAGGGCGCGCUAUUUUUAAAAAUAUAUUACUACUCCUUUCUUUUUUUUCUUUUGAAAUUUUGGGGCCCAAAGAAUUUUGCUCCCAGGGCAAGCGGCUCUGUGGCCCAGCCCACGCUACACCAGUGACUAUAGGGUUUCUGUACCAAAAAUUACUUUAGAUCCUAGAUUGCUGCUUUUUGUGUCAACAAAAGUGGCUUACCUACAUUUUUAUUUUAACCUGGACAGAAUAGUACCAGCUGCCACCAUUUCUAAUUAGGUUUUGUCUUAUUACUAAUUUUCCAGUAUGUUCCAAGACUUCAGUUGCUCUUGAAGGUGACCCAAGUGCCCCUGCAGACAAUGGGAAUUUAACUGCACUGCAAAAACAGCUCGAAAUUGAGCUUAAGUUGAAGCGAGGUGCAGAGAAUAUGUUCCUGGCAUAUUCCAAAGGCCCUCCAGAAAACCUUAAAUAUCUUGAGGCAUUGCAGGAAAAGCUUGAAGACAUCGAGAAUGAGAUAGAACGUUUGCAGGCACUAAUUGACCAAGAAAACUUUAUUAAUAAAGAUGAAACAACUGCACCAGUUCCAGAAACUGAUGUCACCGAUGUAACGUUGGAGACACCUCCUAUUCCAUCUCCAACACCUUCACAUAGUGAUCAACAUCAGUCUUCAGGACACACUGAGAGAACGGAUAUAUCGGUUCAGGUAAAACUAUAUGCUUUUUUUUGUGUUUUGUUCUUUUCCCCACACAUUCACGUCUAGUAUCACACCCAUGGUUUUUGUUUGUAAUUCUUCAUUUGCCGAUCGUAAACAAUGUCGACUUAUAAUGAUCUGGAGUCAAACGUAUAAUGAGUACAGCCAGAGCCCAAUAUGUAAAAUGUACAUUUUAUUUUGUAGGUAGUUUAA